AUGACCUGGCAGCAAGAGUUCUGGUCGUGGAUGAGUCCAUCUUAUGUCAAAACCGCUGAGCCUCCAGCAGUGGGGCAGAAGGCGCCUUCAACACCGAAGCUCACAGUCCCCAAGGAUGGGAAGCCCACGAUCAUCGCGUUCCUCAGGCACUGUGGCUGUCCCUUUGCAGAGAAGACAUUCCUCAACAUGCGCGAUGCAGCUGCUACGAAUCCCAACAUACACUUCAUUGCCGUCUCACACAGCGACCAAGAAUCGACCGACCAUUGGCUUGCCGCGCUGCCCGAUACAUCCAAGAACACCCAGCCCAAUCUGCAGAUUGUCAUAGAUGCCGAACGAGAAGCGUACGCCGCAUACGGCCUCGGCAUCUCCAGUUUCUAUCACGUUCUCUCACCCGCUGGCUUGAGCAACUUGAACAAGCUAGGCAAAGAGGAGGGCAUCUGGAAUAGACCCACUGAGAGCGGGAACAGAUGGCAGACUGGAGGCAACUAUGGUAUUGACAAGAACGGCAUAGUGCAAUGGAACGGCAAGCAUCAGCGCGCUGACGACAUGUCUGAUUUCAAAGAGGGUAUACCUCUCGUGUCUGCACAUUAG